AUCGGAGCAAAACGAAGAGAAAAUCCGCACGAAGGAGAGAGAGAGAGAAGAAAAAACUGUACUACAUGACUAACGUGAGUAUAUGACAGUCGCAGUGUUCUGGAUAUUUUACAGAAACGAUAGCGGAGAUGUAAGCAGAGUGCAGAAGAAACAAUAUUUCCUCAGACAGGACAUGGGACGGCUCAACUCCACAAGUAACAUUUUACGCCUGUUGUUGGCCACCGUAAUUCUGGCCUGCGUGGCUAGAGGAGAUCAGCGAACCCGGCACGAGCCUCCGGGUCGUUUACGUCCUAAGCCAUCUCAAGAUCUUCCCAUCAUAGGACUGAUAGAAUCGACUGACAAGAAGUACGAUCCUCUACCAGAAGAUCUCAACUACCUUAAACUCAGGAACCUGAUGGGUAAGAACUUCGAUCCGGAGUGCAUGAGUCACUAUCGACCGAUCGAAAGCAUAAAGCAUCCAAAUGGCACACUUGAACACAUUACUUUCAAAGGCAAUAAUCGUGGUCGUCUUCGACGUCGACGUCGGAUGCCGUCAAAAAUCAAGGACUUGAAGCUCCACUCUCUCACGCUACCGGACGGCACGAAACUACGGCUAAAGUUCGGCAAAAAGAUACGCCGCAAGUUCAAGAAGAUGUUAUGGGUGUUCACCUACUGUCCGGUGGUUCGCACGUGGAGGAACCUCGGGAUUCGGUUCUGGCCACAAUGGAUUCGUGAAGGAAUGUGUUACCAAAAGAGUUCGUGCUCUUUCCCGCCAGGAAUGAGUUGCAAACCACGAAAUUCGGUGAAGAAAACUCUUCUACGGUGGCACUGCCAGAACUGGGAGAAGCGACACGUGUGCAGGUGGAUACCGGUGAUAUACCCUGUCAUCACGGAAUGCCAGUGCAGCUGUUAAUGUCAUCUGACUGCUUAGCAUCUGAGAGGACCGAGUGAUACAACCACUGUUGUUUGCGUCGCCACUGCCGACUAACCUUAUACUGUGGAGGCGUCUACUUCAGCUCUCCGGCGCCAGAUCCUGCCUAAUUUUGGUCCCACUAGUGGGUUGCGUGGGCUCGCGCGUCUGUGAUGCCCAUUCCUUAUAGAUAAGUAUGUACAAAUACCUGUGUGGUGUGACCUGGUUGGGCACGCGGAGUUAUUUAUCUUUUAGUAUUAUUUAUAUUAGUAUGUAUAUGUAUACACAUGCACCUAAAUACGCGCAUGCGUAUAAAUAUAGAUAGAUUAUAGGCCAUACGUAUGUACUUCAUAUUUCUUGUGGAUCCCAUACCUUAGUAAGGAAAGGCAAACCACCGCUAGGGUUCUACAUUUCGCCGUGUUUGUGUUGUUAGAAGUUUCAGUGUGUGUGUGUGUAUAUAUAUAUACACAUAAAUACAUGACUGUCCAUCAGUAUAAAAUGUUUUUUGUUCCGUCAAUGUUGUGUACAAAGUUUUGUUUCUUGAUAAGUUAGGUUGUAGUAAUCCUAAAGUAUAAUAAAUCUGUUGUACAUUGUAAACAGUCAUAAACUCAAUAUGUACGGAUAGAUAGAUUGGUGUAUCUGUCAAUUAAGAAAAGGCGACUACACCGACCCAGUGAGCCUUGCUGUUGAAUAAAACCUGGCUGUUUCUGAUAAACAAUUGUUCCAAAACACGUGUCUUGUAAAUUGACUAUUGUAAGUUCCUCUCUCGACUUAAACCGAGACAACGACGCAGCUUUUUUACCUUCAUUAGAACAUCAUUUAUAAGCGCAUUAGACUGACUAGAACAUCGUAUACACAAGGCUUAGGUUGACGACAGAGGUUUAAUAGAACAUCGUUACUCCAAACUAUUUAGAUUGACGGCAAUAUCAUUGCUCCAGACGGUUUAGAUUCACGGCAACAUCGUAGCUCCAGACGGUUUAGAUUGACGGCAACAUCGUAGCUCCAGACGGUUUAGAUUCACGGCAACAUCGUAGCUCCAGACGGUUUAGAUUCACGGCAACAUCGUAACUCCAGACGGUUUAGAUUGACGACAACAUCGUAGCUCCAGACGGUUUAGAUUGACGGCAACAUCGUAGCU